GAUCGUGCACUGGAAACGAUGAAUUGGGGUGUUAUUAUAGUGGUAGCUGGAUUUGUUAUUCACUUGAACCUGGUUGGGUUGCUUUACAGUUAUAAUCUACUACAUAUUCAACUAAAGGACAGCUUUAAUUCCACGGCUACCGAAGCAGGGCUGCCAGGCUCGAUAUCAAUAGCGAUCUAUGCCGCAUCAUCACUGCCUGUAACGUGGGUUUUCCAGCGAAUUGGUAACAGGCCAGCGGGAUUACUAGGCAUCCUAAUAUGUUGUUUCAGUUUACUUUCAUCCUCGUUUAUCCACCGCAUAUGGCUGCUUUACUUGACGUAUGGGGUGCUAUAUGGUCUAGGAUGCAACGCUAUUCAUCUUGUGACCAUCGAUUUGAUAAUGGUCUAUUUCAAAGACGGUCAUUCCGCAAGGAGCAUUGGUAUAAUAUUGACUGGUUCCAGCGUAGGGGUCCUAUUAUCGCCGUGUCUUGAAUGGCUUUAUACUACAUACAACUGGCGUGUCACAUUGAGGAUUCUCAGCACCUUAUUUGCCGUAAUAUGCAUACCUUGUAUAGCAGUAUUCAGGGACAUACGCAAAAAGCACUCUAAACUGAGUUCCACCACCUCGAAGGAAAAGCUACCAGAAGAGCUUCCGAGAAAGGAUUCGUUACUUCAGAAGUAUUUCCAUUUAUUGAGGAGAUCUGACUUUCACUGUAUGAUGUCGGCAUAUGCAAUGACGGGAAUUGCAACUACAUUUUCCUACAUAAGCAUCGGUAGUUAUUUGCAAAGUUCUGGAAUGGCCGGCUCAGCAAUAUCACUUACGUUUAGCUUGAUGGCUGUCGGAGAUUUGGUUGCUAGAAUUGUAUUAUCAAUCAUCUCUGAUUGGCUGCCAAUGUCUCUUACGUCACAGUACGCCAUCAUGCACAUCAUGUCAGCCUUGUCCACCGUAUUUUUGCCGUAUAUAUUCAAUUUAACAUUUGUCAAGAUCCUACUGAUUGUAUUCGGUAUCUCACGUGGUGGGCUAUUUGUGCUGUUGACAUCUGCUCCUAUUGAGAUCGCGCCGAAAAAUUUAGGGGUUGAAGGUGUUGGACUUGCGUACUUAAUUUUUGGAACUUGUGCAUUAUCGACACCUUAUAUGACAGACAAGUUAUACGACAUCACUGGAUCAUACGAUAGUGCUUUCUUCAUUUGUUCCGCAUUGUACAUAUUCGCUGCAAUCAUUUUAUUUCUUUCGGCUCACUUGAAAUGGAAAAAAGAAAGAAAUACAUACAUUGACAGCAACUCGGAGGUUACCGAUAGAAUGCUAUUAAAACAGGAAGAAGUUACAAAAGUUACGGUUGUGUAAUGGCUCAUCGAGUGAGGGAAGGGAACACCUUUACAAAGUAAACACUUCUAUGGUAGUCUAUAACUAGAUAAUAUUUUAUAAAUCAUUUAAACUUGAUAGAAACAUGUGGAUAAAAAUAUGUGUUAGGAAUGAUGUUUUGUUCUGUAACGUUUCCAAAUACUAGCGAAAAAAAAGUCUCGCAAGUAAUUCGGGUGGGAAUCGAACCCACGACCCACAAAUAACUAGUUGACCGAGCCUGUGCGCUUAGUGGCCAGUGUUGAAUCUGAUCCCGAAGUAGUAGGGGGUACAAUACAAUUCCGAUGGCAUCUGGGUCAGUAAAUUUACUGGGAAUGUUCAGAUUCAGAUUUGACGCAAACACCAUAAAAAAAACCAUAUUGUAUUGUAUUGUAAAGUUAUAUUUAUUACCAUAUUCCUGUUUGAAUUCUAAACAUUGACUGACCUAGACAGUGUGUCUUUCUUUUGUGCAA